UUGUCGGGGUCGAUUCCUAGAUCGCGCUUUGAGUGUGUGGAUGCUGGGCCUCGUUAGAGCGCGGGUCGCGCCGCCGUCGCCGCUGCUGCUGCUGGUCCGCGAAGUAGGUCGCGAAGUAGGACGAGGAGGAGGCCACGGCCGCUGCUGGGCGCGCUGCCUCAUGGCCUCACGGGCGGGCAGGGCGCCGGGGCACGUGCCGGCGGGCGGGCUGGAGCGCGGCGUCAAGCGGGCGCUGUGCGUGGCCGAGAAGAACGACGCGGCGAAAGGCAUCGCCAACAUCAUGUCUCGCGGCGGGUUCACGCGGAGGGAAGGCCUGUCGAAGUUCAACAAGAUAUAUGAGUACAACUACUCCUUUAGUGGACAGCAGAAUGUCAAUGUUGUAAUGACCUCGGUGUCUGGACAUUUAUUGGGGUUGGAAUUCAUUGCAGGUUUCAAAAACUGGCGAGGCUGCCACCCGGUGGAUCUCUUUGAUGCCGAAAUCGAAAAAAUUUGUCUCAACGACUUGGUUGCCAUCAAGAGAACAUUGGAAAGAGAAGUGAGGCAAUGCCAAGCUUUGAUUAUUUGGACGGAUUGUGACAGAGAGGGAGAGAACAUUGGUUUUGAAAUAAUCGAUGUCUGCAAAGCAGUGAAGCCAAACUUGCAAGUUUUCCGAGCAAGAUUUUCUGAGAUUACUCAACAGUCUAUUCACAACGCAUGUAGAAACCUGACACUGCCCGACGAGAACACGAGCAAAGCUGUGGACGUUCGUCAGGAGCUGGAUCUGCGUAUAGGUGCAGCGUUCACUAGAUUUCAGACGCUACGGUUACAAAAGAUUUUUCCAGCAUCUCUUGCUCACCAACUGGUCAGCUAUGGAAGUUGCCAGUUUCCAACACUUGGUUUUGUCGUAGAAAGAUUCAAAGCAAUUCAAGCAUUCAUUCCAGAAGCCUUCCAUCAGAUUAAGGUUACACACCAGAAUGAGGAUGGACUGGUGGAGUUUCAUUGGAAGAGAAACCGACUGUUUAACCACACUGCUUGUCUCAUUCUCUACCAGUUGUGUAUUGAGAAUCCCACUGCUGAAGUUUUAGAAGUGACGUGCAAGCCAAAGAGCAAGUGGAGGCCACAGCCUUUGGACACAGUGGAAAUGGAGAAACUGGCAUCUCGAAAGCUGAAAAUCAAUGCGAAAGAAACUAUGAAGAUUGCUGAAAAGCUUUACACCAAAGGGUUCAUUAGCUACCCGCGAACAGAAACCAACGUUUUCCCAAAAGGCAUGAACCUUGCCGAAUUAGUUGACAUGCAAACACAAGAUCGAAACUGGGGUGCAUUUGCCCAAAGGCUCCUUGAAGCUGGGCCAAAUCCAAGAAAUGGCACAAAGUCUGAUCAAGCCCAUCCUCCAAUCCACCCAACUAAAUACACUGCAGACCUGAAUGGGAAUGAUCAGCGCUUGUAUGAAUUCAUUGUUCGUCAUUUCCUGGCCUGUUGCUCCCAAGAUGCACAAGGACAGGAAACCACAGUGGAAAUUGAAAUUGCUGGAGAGAGGUUUUUUGCAAAUGGACUCAUGAUCACAGCUCGGAAUUAUCUGGAUGUUUAUCCUUAUGACAAAUGGAACGCUAAGGUCAUCCCUGUUUACACUACAGGAGUGAAAUUCCAACCCAGCAAUAUUGAAAUGACGGACGGGGAAACCAGUCCCCCGCAGCUUUUGUCUGAAGCUGAUUUAAUUUCCCUCAUGGAAAAACAUGGAAUUGGUACAGAUGCCACGCAUGCAGAUCACAUUGAAACCAUCAAGUCCAGAAUGUACGUUGGGCUGACGCCUGCACAAAGAUUCCUACCAGGAGAGCUUGGAAUGGGGUUGGUGGAAGGCUAUGAUGCAAUGGGGUAUGAAAUGUCCAAGCCUGACCUUCGUGCCGAGUUGGAAGCUGACCUUAAGCUAAUAUGUGAAGGAAAAAAGAACAACACCACAGUUUUGCAACAGCAAAUCCAAAAGUAUAAGCAGGUGUUUUUGGAAGCUGUUUCUAAAGCUGAAAAGUUGGAUGAAGCCCUGUCAUGUUACCUUGGAGAGCCUCAACAGUCUAUUGCGAAUGAAGAAACUAUCCCCAGGAGAUUGGAACCUGUGAGAAAGUGCCCACAGUGUAAAAGCAACAUGGUGCUGAAGCAAACCAAGGAUGGCAAGUUCAUGUUGACCUGCCUGGGUUUUCCAAACUGUAGAGCAGCAGUCUUUUUUCCUGAUUUUGUUUUAGAAGCAACCAGAGAUGAAAGCAUUUGUCAGUUUUGCCAGCCAAAUGCAAUACACAGGUUAAAAUUUAAGUUCAAGAAAAACUCUGUAAUUCCUUGCACACCUUUGGAUUAUGUUGGAUGCGUUGGUGGCUGCGAUGAUGUCAUAAACGACAUAGCGGAUUUGAAAUACCUGCGUCCUGCUACAACUCCCAACCAGUCCCGUCAAAAUCAACCCUCUUCAGUUGCGCGACAAAGGGGUACAUGCCAGCCUUCAAACGCAUACGUACAACGGCCACCACAGCAGGCACCUCCACCUAUGGCUAUGUUACAAAUCCCUCCUGGAAGAAACGAAGAAAGUGCUGUCGUCUGCAACUGUGGAAUUGAGGCUACCCUCCUUACCGUCAAAAAGGAAGGCAUCAACAAAGGGCGAAUGUUCUACAAGUGUUCGUCAAGUGUAUGCAACUUUUUCCUUUGGGCAGAUCAACAAGACAGUGGACUCAGAUCUGCACAGAGCAACCAAAGUUCUUUUCAUUCAAGCGCAGUAUCUCGUGGAGGCCACGAUGAAGUGAUGUGCUCUUGUAACAAUCCAGCCGUAAUGCGCACUAUUGUAAAAGACGGACCGAACAAGGGUCGCCAGUUUUACACUUGCUCCAAACCUAGAGAUGAGCAAUGUGGAUUUUUCCUGUGGAUGGCUGAUGAACCCUCAAAUUCAGCUCAUUCCGUUACAAGACCUUCACCGCGGCCUGACAAUGCAAGACCCACGUCAAACAAUCGAACAGCUGGCGAGCACACCACAGUGAGAGCCAAAAGAACUUGUGGAAUCUGCCAUCAACCCGGACACAUUAGGACAACUUGUCCUAUGAACAAAUGAUUGUUUCAGGAGAGUAAAAUUACAAAUCCAGUACAUCCCUUUUGUCAGUCCAUUGCUGGAUGAGGGCCUCCCAACUUUGUGUGGGCCUUGGGGGUUAUUUGACCACACUGGUCAAUGUCGGUUGCUGAAGACGGAAGUAAAAUGACCGCUGCUUAGAAGUACAGUACAACAAUGGGCUUUUCUGCACUGCCCUCUGCUGGAAAUAUAGCCCCGCAUCUGCCUACAAAUUACGUUUUGGUUGUCCACGCUCUAUCCAGUUCCACCCCUUCUUUUGAGAUCUAGCAAGAUCAAGCUCAACUCGGCUGAUUUGGUCGGACAAUAAAUAACACAAGCGUUUGUUAUAUUUACAUGUUAAAUACUGCCAAAAGUUAAUCUGAUGUGUGCACCAUUCAGGUAUUCUUGAAAAUGUUUUAUAGUGCUUUACUGUACAUUCUAAUUCAGCAAGAACUUAAAAAAAACUUGUAAAGGAAAGUAUGACACUUGUACAGUUUAGAUUCUUGUAUAUUAUAUAUUCCGAGAUAAAAUCAACCAAAAAGUACAUGAUAUAUGCUGUGUUUUGCAAUUGUUCUACACCAUAAGUGUUUUUUGUUAUAUUAAAAAUGGUAAUAUGAACCAAA